AUGGAACCCGUAGCUUUUGUAGUAGACAAGUUUAGAGGUUUGACGAAAUCGACCCAAGAAUUGUUUGACGGCCUCAUUCAUGGGCACCCUCAACGUUCAGCUCGCCGACAUCCGAUUGAAAUAUUGAAGCGGCUGCAACGAGAAGCAUUUUCGGACUUAAUGAAACUCAGGGAUAGACAAGAUAAGGUUGAGAGAAUGGUUUCCUUGUAUGGAACUUCCAAAGGAAGUCCAUUCCAAGAAGCCAGCACUCUUGUAAGGGGAGAGGUUGAUCUCUUGGGGGCUGUCUUGUUGAUGCAUAAUAUUGACGAUGAGGUUGAUCACAAAUCUGAUGUUCUUAGUCGAGCAGGAAUGAGAACCGGGGUUGAUUCAAGGUUUGCUUUUGAAACAAGUGUUCGGCAAAAUGACACACUUGUGGCGGAGUUUGUAGCCAGUCAGAAGCACAAGGGUAGUCUUUCUGAUCUUUCAGAAUGCCCACUUUCUCUAGCAAAAGUUUCCUAUACAGCAAAUGUCAGCAACUGGUUAUCUGCAAUUGCAAUCCCAGUAGGAGCUCAGUGCAGGGAUGUUGCAGUUCUUACAAAUCCUUCCCACCAGGGGAAGGGCCUUACUGAUCUUUCAUCAUUUGGGCCACCGCUUCUAAAUCAGCAUAAUGGCAGUGCAGUUGGCUUAAUGGUGAAAAAAUCAAAUACUGUUGCUUCAUUGGCUCAGUUUGUCUCCGGACUGGGAGCGCAAGUGGGUUCUGGUAGAGUUGAGCUUUGCUUGAGCACUUUUGGGCAAAUUGUCUGUCAACUUCCUGGAGGAACAAAGCUCUCGCUUCUGGGUCUUCACCAAAUGCCUAGAUUAUCAAGUAAGUAUGUGGAUCAUAGAAUUGGAGCUCUUACCAUUCCCUUAGGCAGUUCGACAUAUGAUAGAUCUCAUGAGACAAUCAUUGAAGGCAGUUUGACACAUCAUAGAUCCCCGGAGGCAAUGGUUGAAGCAUACGUGCCACCACUGGGAUCAAACUCACCGGAAAAGGGUUCAAGUGGAUCCAUUGCUCUGAUGUUGGAAUCAGAAGUUGAUGAGAUGACAAAGAUUGGGGGUUGGAUUGAGAUGAAGCAGUCAAAUCCCAGGCAUUUAGAAUGGGCUGUGAGUGUGUCUGAUGAUUCUGAAGAUUCAGUUGGAUGGGGAAUGAAUUUGAGUGGGAUACUUGGAGGUCCUAAUUUAUGGGACCGUGUUCAGAUUGAAUCCUACAUGAAAUUAAACUUGGGCAAGAGAUUCAGUGUGAAGCCAGGUAUUGCACAUAUUGUCGAUGGGAAUGCCAGAAUGACUGCGCUUAUGCUACGGUCUAACUGGUCCCUCUGA